AUGCCCGGAGCCGCAAAUAAACGGGCGAACCGUGAGCGAUUCAGCCACAGCAAGGAUGAAGAUGGAAUUGCCAGGUUGCCCCGGAAGCGCUUCUACCGUCAACGGGCUCACGCCAACCCGUUCUCGGAUCAUAUGCUCGAAUACCCUGAAUCGCCGGAUGCGAUGGACUGGUGCGCGCAUUAUCCGAUGUACGCAAUCCGAGACGAAUCGGGGGGCUCUGGCCAGUCUGCAAAAAUGAGCAGAAGCGUAGAAGUCGUCGAUAUUGGGUGCGGCUUUGGUGGCCUGCUCGUUGCAUUAGCUCCUCUCUUUCCAGAUACUCUCAUGCUGGGAUUGGAAAUUAGAACCAGUGUCACCCAGUUCGUCCAGGAAAGGAUAUGGGCGCUGCGAGAACAAGGCGACGGCAACGACUUCCAGAACGCCGCUUGCAUACGCGCGAACACCAUGAAGUUCCUUCCCAACUUUUUCAGGAAGGCUCAACUAAGCAAGAUAUUUAUCUGCUUUCCCGAUCCGCAUUUCAAGUCCAGGAAGCACAAGGCUAGAAUCGUGUCGACAACGCUGAACUCCGAGUACGCGUACGCUCUGCGACCAGGAGGCAUCGUCUACACCAUCACCGACGUGGAGGCUCUCCAUCUGUGGAUGGUGCAGCACUUGGAUGCUCACCCUUCUUUUGAAAGAGUUGCUGACGACGAGGUGGAGCGCGAUCAAUGUGUUGAAGUCAUGCGGAAUGAGACAGAAGAGGGCAAGAAAGUGACGAGGAAUAAUGGCCAGAAAUUUGUUGCUCUGUUCAGGAGGGUAGAAGAUCCACCGUGGGAAUAA